CAAGCACGCUUUCGAAAAAUUGGAGCUCCAAGUCAAAGAGGCACGACACUGACCCCCAUUUCUCAAAGUCGAGCUGAAAACUAGGGUUUGAAAGAGGUGAAAAUUAGGGUUCGAAAGCUGCAAAGGGAGAGUUGGAAAAGGGAAGAAAGCUUCAAGCUCAGAGCUAAGGGAGGGUUAAAGCUUUAUUAGUUCUUCAAUUAGGGCUGAAUUUGAUCUUCAUCUUUGAUUUAAGUUCUAGGUCUUCUGGUUCCGCAUAAUGUUUUAAGAAUUUUAGAGCAGCCAUGGGGGUUCCUGCUGCACUUGGUCUUGAUCCAGUGAUGAAAAAUUCAGCAUAUGGGAGCAGUAUUUCCUCAAAGAUCUGAGAAUGCACCAGUUUUUACACCUCCUCAAACACAACCUCUCUCGUCGUAUCCGCAGAAUCUGCGAAAUUCUGAACCUGGACAAGAAGCAGCUGAGACUUCUGCAGAGUCUGAGUUUCCAACAUUGAGUUUGACAGAAAUUCAGAAUGCACAUGGUAUUAUGGACGUUCUUUCAGAAAUGUUGAGUGCGAUAGGUCUAGAGAAUAAGGAGGGGCCAAGGCACUUGAUGUCUUGAAUUUCACUCAGCUAACAAGACUAUUCGAGUUAUGGUUUCUCAUCGCGAUCCUAGCAAACGGAGGAGUGGAACAACUAAUAUCUUUAUCAAGAAAUUGGACAAGUCGAUCGAUCACAAAGCCUUGCAAGAUACCUUUUCAAGUUUUGGAACUAUUCUUUCCUGCAAGAUAGCGACCGAUAAUUCUGGCCAGUAUAAAGGCUAUAGGUUUGUCCAGUAUGAUAGUGAAGAAGCUGCUAAUACUGCAAUUGAAAAGCUAAAUGGCAUGUAGUUGAACAUGAUUUGCAACUGUGAUAUUCUGGUACUUAGAAUUGUUUAGAUGGGGCAGUUCAUCUUUGGUGUAUUCUUUUGUGUUCGAUGAUUUUGAUUGGAAAAGAAGUACUAAAUGUACCAGGCUGUCAUAUAUAUAAA